AUGAAAUCUGUGGCUGAAUAUUUUCAAGAGACCUAUGGGCUUGUCAUUCAACAUACUCAAUGGCCUUGUCUGCAAGUUGGAAAUCAGCAGAGGCCAAAUUAUUUGCCAAUGGAGGUCUGCAAGAUCGUAGAAGGCCAGAGGUACUCCAAGAGAUUGAAUGAGAGGCAGAUUACUGCUCUCCUAAAGGUUACAUGUCAGCGUCCCUAUGAAAGGGAGUAUGAUAUUCUUCAGACUGUACAUCAUAAUGCGUAUGCUGAGGACCCUUAUGACGAAGAAUUUGGAAUUAAAAUAACUGAGAAACUGACUCAAGUUGAAGCUCGUAUUUUGCCUGCUCCUCGGCUCAAAUAUCAUGACUCUAGUUGGGAGAAGGAGUGUCUACCCCAAGUUGGACAGUGGAAUAUGAUGAACAAGAGGAUGGUUAAUGGUGCCACGAUAAAAAGCUGGAUCUGCAUUAACUUUGCUCGAAAUGUACAAGACAGCAUGGCACACAGUUUUUGCCGUGAGCUUGCUCAAAUGUGUAUGACUUCUGGCAUGGCUGUCAAUCCGGAGCCUCUCUUGCCAGUUGUGAGUGGCCACCCUGAUCAGGUGGAAAGAGUCUUAAAAUCUAGGAUCCAUGAUGUCAUGACAAAACUGCAGCCCGGUGGAAAAGACCUUGACUUGUUAAUUGUUAUUUUAACUGACAAUAAUGGUUCUCUUUAUGGUGAUCUGAAAUGGAUAUGCGAGACGGAUCUCAGCAUCGUCUCCCAGUGCUGUUUGCAGAGGCAUGUUUACAAGAUGAACAAACAGUAUCUUGCCAAUGUGGCACUGAAGAUUAAUGUAAAGGCUGGAGGUAGAAAUACAGUGCUGGUCGAUGCCAUCUCUAUGCGCAUACCCCUCGUCAGUGAUCGGCCUACUAUCAUUUUUGGCGGUGAUGUUACCCAUCCUCACCCUGGCGAGGACUCUAGCCCAUCCAUUGCUGCUGUUGUUGCUUCCCAAGAUUGGCCAGAAGUUACAAAAUAUGCUGGUUUAGUCUGUGCUCAAGCCCAUAGGCAAGAGCUGAUUCAAGAUUUGUAUAAAACCUGGCAAGAUCCGGUUAGAGGGACUAUGACUGGUGGCAUGAUCAAAGAACUACUUAUUUCUUUCCGUAGAGUGACUGGACAGAAACCACAGCGAAUUAUUUUCUACAGGGAUGGUGUCAGCGAAGGACAGUUUUAUCAAGUGUUGCUUUAUGAACUUGAUGCGAUCCGUAAGGCAUGUGAAUCUUUGGAACCAUACUAUCAGCCUCUUGUUACCUUUGUUGUGGUUCAGAAAUGUCACCAUACUAGGUUGUUUGCCAAUAACCAUAACGAUAGGCAUGCAGUUGACCGAAGUGGAAAUAUACUCCCGGGCACUGUCGUAGAUUCAAGAAUCUGCCACCCUACCGAGUUUGACUUCUACCUCUGCAGUCAUGCUGGGAUACAGGGUACUAGCCGGCCAGCUCAUUAUCAUGUUUUGUGGGACGAAAACAAAUUCACCGCUGAUGCUCUUCAGACUCUUACAAAUAACCUUUGCUACACAUAUGCAAGGUGCACACGCUCCGUUUCCAUUGUGCCUCCUGCGUAUUAUGCCCAUUUGGCCGCUUUUUGUGCUCGCUUCUACAUGGAGCCGGAAACAUCUGACAGCGGGUCGAUGACAAGUGGAGCUGCUGGUCGAGGUGCGGGUCCAGGUCCAAGGAGUACAAGAAUUCCUGGAGCCAAUGCUGCCGUUAGACCACUACCUCAGCUCAGGGAUAAUGUGAAGAGGGUUAUGUUCUAUUGUUAA